AUGCGGGCACACGCUGAAGGUCUUUCCCGGCUGUUCCUGCGCUUCUUGCUGUUUGCUUCCAUGUCAGUCAAGAGCAUUCACAUCACUAAGUUUGACAGCGAAGCGUCGGACACGAUCUUCAGAACAGAUCUUGGUGUUGCACAUCAAGUAUCGUUGACAGCAGACGUUCAAGGAGUAGCGAGUCCAGACAUUAACGUGAAGGUGCUGGUGGUGCCUUCCAAGGAAAAUAUCUUCCUGCUCGUCCGUUGGUUCCACCUUGAGGAACGCUUCAUCAUGCAGGCGAUAGACAGCAGCCUGACAAGUCAAGACAUUACUGUCACUCUCCCCAACCUCCCGGUCGGGCUCUACGACGUUGGCCUGUGCUUGACAUCAGUGCGGGUUGGAGCAAUGACCGCAUGUCUGAGUGAGAAGACGACGAGCGUGCGAGUGGUCAGCAUCCAUGCUCAUGGGAACCUUUCUCCUCCUCCUCCGGCUCCGUCGUCCUCGUCAUCGUCUUCUUCAUGUUCUGCUUCUCCUGCCCCUGCAUGUCGUGGGUUUGUCGCUCCCGAGGGUUCGUUAUGCUCCGCCGAUGGCUUCCGUUCGUGGAAUGUGCAGGGGGUGAGCAGGGGACGAGGAGAUAGAGCAGGAGACAGCGGAGGAGACAGCGGAGGAGACAGCGGAGGAGACAGCGGUGGAGGAGACAGCAGUGGAGGAGAUAGAGGAGGAAGAGGAGACGGUGAAAUAGAGGAGGGAACUCCCAACAUGAUGCGAUCAGACAAGAAACAAGAAAGUGGAGACGACGAAGUUGUUGUUUGCUCGCUGAAGGAAUUCCUAGAUUUCACCUGUGCUGAUCGCAGGCAGGAUGUCAGUACCGGAGAAAGUUGUGAUAGCAAGCUUCUUGAGCAGCACUCACACCUUCCGUCCCCUGCCCAUCUUGCAAGGAUGAAGAAGUUUGCUGCUUGCACUGUUGAUAAGGACAAACAAGCUUUGUUCGGGGAGAUCAGCGCGAUACAAAAUCCUGAUGUAAUCUCUUGCGAACUCGUCCUCAUCCUCGUCCUCGUCUUCAUGAUCAUUGUCAUCACCGUCUGA